AUGAUAGAGGGCGCGCGGGGAUUACUCACGCGUCAGAACCGGGCCGUCGCGUCCGUGGCUCGGGGGGUUCGUCCGUCACCACAGCAGCAGCAGCGGUUUUGCGGUCACUUGCGUUUGCUACGCUCCUCCCCCCCAUCGGUUGGGACGCGGGGGGUCCCUGUGUGGCGGCGGGUGACAGCGACAGGAGCAGCUCGGUUCUCGUCGAGGGAUGCUGGCGCUGGCGCUGGUGCUGGCGCUGGGGUGCGGAUUGCGCAGGGGGAGGAUGCCGAGCUUGUGCGGGCGGGAUUGGAAGGGUUGGUAGGGCGGGGGUGGGAGGUGGAUGCGGCGGGGAUGGGGAUUCAGAAGACGUUUCAUUUCCGGACGUAUUUCAAGGCUGUGAGUUUUGUCAAUGUGGUUGCGUCGCAGAGCGCGGUGAAGAAACAUCAUCCGACCAUGACCGUGAGGAUUGGGAGUGUGGAUGUACACUGGACGACGCAUCAUCCGCAGGGCCUCUCGCAGAAGGAUAUCGCGAUGGCGCAGCACUGCGAGGAGGGCGCCGAGUUGAUGGGGUCGGUGCAGGAGACGCAGGGGAAGAAGUGUGCGCCGCCGCCGACGGCAUCGCUGGGGGCGCCGUCAAAGGGUCAAUCAGAGUCAUAA